AGCAAUUCUGUAAUAUUAUCUCCUCAGGGAUGAGAGAGUGGUGAUACUUCUUCUGAAGUCAGCGUUGAGUUUAGGAAGAAAAACCUUGACAUCUAGAAGAAAGCCUUACGGUGAUCUAGAAGAGGAGACCUUUUUCUAUCAGUCUUCUUCAAAGAGAAGGAGUAUCUGCUGACAUAGAAGGAAGAGAAAAGACUGGAGCAGAAUGGAUAUAGCAUCUCCCUCUCCUUUCACUGUCUUAUUACCACAAAUCAAUGCAACAUCCACUGGCAAAAACAGAACCUGCUAUGAUUCCGGCAUAAAUGAAGAAGUGCUUAUUUUUGCAAUCUUCACUAUGCUUUUCUGUGUAUUGGGAAUGCUGGGCAACGGCCUCGUGAUUUGGCUGCUGGGCUCCUCCGUUAAGAGAAACACUUUUGCCAUUUAUAUUAUCAACCUCUCGGUGGCGGACUUUGGAUUCCUCACCUUUGAGCUGAUUAUCGAAAUCCACUGGCUUUUUACACGUCUGUAUUGUGACUUUCCCUAUGAACUCUUCCAAACGGGCCUGCUGUUAAUGUACAGUACGGGGCAAUUUCUCCUGACCGUCAUCAGCAUCGACAGGUGUGUUUCAGUUCUUUUCCCAAUUUGGUAUCGAUGCCACCGGCCGAUGCACCUGUUCACUACUGUGUGUGCCGUCAUCUGGGCCAUUUCCUUCAUCCUCUCUUCCAUUCAUUUCACAAUUAUAGCGGUUGAUGGAUUUGGAAACAGUUAUACUCUGAUGUAUCAAUUCAUCGUUAACGCUGUGCUUUGCCUCCCACUUAUGACCAUCUCCAGUGUCACCUUAUUUAUCAAAAUCUGCUUCAUAUCCAAAAGCCAGAGGCGGAGGCAGCUUUUGACAGCUAUUUUGCUCACGCUUUUCUUCUUCUUAGUGUUGGCUUUUCCACUCAAUGCCUUUUAUUUUAUCCUGUACGUUUUCAAAUAUAUACAUCCCAACCUUGUACAUUACGGCUACUUGUGUACCUGCAUCAACAGCGGCAUUAACCCCGUGAUCUAUUACCUGGUGGGGAGACAAAGAGGCAAAGCCAGGAAAGGCAUCAAAGACUUGUUCCAGAAGGUUUUCAAGGAGGAGGAACUCUCUACUGAUGAACUGGAGACAUCGGAAGGCUCCAAGAUCUGAAUGCUCUCCUUUCACUCUUGUCAAUCAAAAGAUGCUUUGUUUUCUUUCCAAGCAAGCCCAUAUUAUAUUUUUUAUUUAAGAAGUUAUGCUGAUUAAUUUCUGCAUGUAUCCAGAAUCCUUGCAGAUAAUUAUCUUUGGGGAAAACAAAACAUUUCUCAAGUUGGACUAAUCGAUUUACCAAGUAUUAUCUGAAAGACUAAUUAACUUGCUCUAAUUCAGCCUUGCCCAACUUGAGCGGCCACCAAUUCUGUGUGUGUUUGAACUUCAGUGUCUAGACGGUAGGAUCAUUGCUAAGAAUUUCCGAAGUUGACAUUUACACCUUUGGAAGGUACCCAUUGGAAUGUUCCAAAAACUGAACUCUUUCAUUCCACCGUUCAUUUCUUUCCAAGCAAGCCCAUGAAUUCCUCUUUUUUAUUUAAAAGAAACUGAUCUGCAUUCUGAAUAAUUUUUGCAUGAAUCCCCAAUUUGUGCAGACAAUUAUCUUUGUGGAAUAUGAAAACAUUUUUCAAACGACCUAUUUAACUAAUAUUUACCACCUGAAGAUUAAUUAGCAUGCUUUAGUUCAGCCUUUCCCAACUUGAGUCGCCUUCAAUUCUAUAUGGUUGAACUUCAGUGUCUUAGCCAGUAGGGCAAGUGGUGAGAAUUUUCAAACAUUUUUCAGACAUUCAUGCCUUUGGAAGGUGUCCAUCAUAGAAAGGUGAAGCCAAAGAGGCACACAUGCGAUUUUUAAAAUGUCUCAAGUUCUACCAGGUACAUGACCAGUGAUGAAGGAUAAUGAACUGUAGCUCUACACUACUUGGAGGACCCUAAAUCUGUAUCUCCAUGAGACUCGGAUUCAUCAACUCAAUUGUAUAAAAGGAUGGACAACUGUUACAACAAGAAAAUCACGUUUAAAUGAAAGCAUUUUGGGCUGAUUCCGGAAGAAAAGAAUCAGAGAAGGACUGAAGCAAUUUCAAGUGGUAAUAUCUACAAACUGAUCUCUCUUCCUACAUACACAUGUGUGUGUGUGUGUGUGUUUGUGUGUGUGUAUAUCAAAUAUAUAUUGCUGAUAAAUAUAUAUACAAUAUAUAUAUUGUACUUAGGGCAAUUACAUUUCAACCAUUUGUUAUAGCUUUAUGGUCUGUGCAUGCACAAAUGAGACUUAUUAGGACAGAUACAGAAGCAACUGCAACUAAAACAAUGCUGUAUAUCUUGUAUAGAAGGUAAAACAAAUAACAUUAUUUGCUCAGUGUAUUCCUCCUAAAGAGCCAGCAACAAAGCAUGGUAUUGCUCUGGACUCUUUUUUUUUUUUUUUUUGCUUUCUUGUGAAAGUGCAAGUGACUAUUUUAGACAAAAAAAAAAACCCAUAUGGUUCACUCGCUGUGGCUCAAUGCAGAGAAAAUGAAUCUUGCUAUGUCAGAAUCAUGUGAGGCUACCCAUAAAGGCAGUUUUAAAGAUUUCAAGUGGUGCAGGAAGGGUGGUAACAGCCACUUGGCAUUCUGAUUGUAUUAUAUUUAUUGUACCGUGAUGUCCAUGGCUGUCUAUUCAACUUGAGAGAGAUGUUGUAGGUAUCAAAUUCCUUAAUGGUUCUGGGUUAUCAUAUCUAAGGAAGCUUCUGCUCUCACAUCAACAGAAGGCAAUUUGCCUGCCUUGAGAAAGAAAGGAGACAUAACGUAACAUAACAUAACAUAACAUAACAUAACAUAACAUAACAUAACAUAACAUAACAUAACAUAACAUAACAUAACAUAACAUAACAUAACAUAACAUAACAUAACAUAACAUAACAUAACAUAAUAACAGAGUUGAAAGGGACCUUGGAGGUCUUCUAGUCCAACCCCCUGCCCAGGCAGGAAACCCUACACCAUUUCAGACAAAUGGCUAUCCAACAUUUUCUUAAAAACUUCCAGUGUUGGAGCAUUCACAACUUCUGCAGGCAAGUUGUUCCACUGAUUAAUUGUUCUAACUGUCAGGAAAUUUCUCCUUAGUUCUAAGUUGCUUCUCUCCUUGAUUAGUUUCCACCCAUUGCUUCUUGUCCUGCCCUCAGGUGCUUUGUGGUUUCAUGUUCAAAAUUCAUCUAAAAUUACACAGGCAUCAUAAUUACAGAAAUAAAGAGAUGUUUAAACCUGGGCUUAGCAAAGUUAUUUUAGCCUCAAGCAACUUCAAUUGCACCAAGAGGAAUAUUGUUUUUCUUCCAGUAAAAGCCGAUGAUGUUUUAUCUUUUAUAUGGUUAAAUAAAAGUUUUUUUA